AUGAUCACAAAGAACACAACCAAGACUUCUGCACCCACACGCAAACGCACUCACCUCAAGCCUCACCAGUUGACAGUGCUUCAAAAUUCAUUUACUAUCAACCCAUUGCCAGAUGGUACUGUACGUAGUCAGCUGGCUCAUGAUUUGGGUGUAAGUGAACGCACGAUUCAAAUCUGGUUCCAAAAUCGCCGCGCCAAGGCUCGCAAAAUGGAAGCUUUAUCAAACGCUUUGGCUAUGGGUGGUGCUAUUUCUCAUGGCAGCAACAAUACAACCGCCGCUGUCAAUGGCAACGGUUGCCAUCCAUUGUUGCCUCGUUGGACAGAGCGCGCUCCUCCUCGAUAUCAACCUACUUUCCGCACCAUGAUGACACCUAAACGUUUUGAAGAGUUGAGACAGCAAAGUGAUACCCGCCGUCCUACAACUACCACACGUGCUGCUAGUUCCAAGCCUGAUGAAAACAAGGAUCAUCAUGAUGUAGCACCUCGUGCCAUGUCUGAAGGCAUGUUGAUUGCACCACCCUCUAUUGUUGCCUCCUCAACAACAUCCUCCUCCUCCUCUUCUUCCUCCUCCUGUUCAUCACCAUCAUCAUCAUCCACCAGCAACAACAAAGGUCCUGUCGUGUCACUCAAAGCCCACAAUCUCCGCAUCGGCACAUGGACCCGCUUUGCUCAAGGCCAUGAAUGGGAUUUGAUAUGUGAAGCCGACCCUGCUUUACGCCAAAUGAUUUGGCAGAUUCAGGCCCAGGGUCAUCUGUUUCGUAUUCAAGUGCCGUUUGAUGCCAUCCAACAACUCACAUUUUUGGAUGAUCAGCUUGAUCAGUGUCAGCUUCAAGUGAAUGUUAUCGAUCCCCAAAUGCUUGUUUUCUCAAUGCAACGUUUGAACAUUGACAAGGAAUGGAUCCGUUGUGGUGACUUUUCGGAAGGUCAACAAGCUAGUAUCGAAUACACACAUGUCUUACAAGGUGCAGCUGCUGAUCUACAACAAGCCAUGGUUGAUUUGACUGCCCUGGUACCUGAUCUUGCUACCAAAAUCGUAUACACACCAACUCUUGUUUCUACUACUACUGCUGCUGCUGCUCCCGCAGGUAUGGCAAUGCCUCCACCCAUGCUUGACGAAUGCCGCGAAUUUACCUUGUCGCCCUCAGCGACUCCCGAGCCAUACAACCUUUACGAAAUGACAACAACAGAAUCACUCUUUAUGGAUAAAUGGUCGGCUGCUGCUCUUGAUCCUACAGCUGCCGUUUAUACAUCCAUGGCACCACAGCCCAACAUGGUUGCACCACCACCUCCACCACCGGCUAUGGAUUUGCAACAAUAUCCAUAUGGUUUUUGUUAG